GUGCCGUGCAGUCCUCAGCCACCCGGCAGCGCGGCACGACAUGCCGCCACCGCGCAACCCCUACACAUAAAGCUCGCGAACCCGACAAUAGUGCUGUGACAAAAAGUACAAAAACCAGUGGCAAUGAAGGAAACCGGACCACUCCAUUCUUCAGUUCGUACUUCAAAGUGUCAAAGCUUUUAAUUGUUGUACGUACGUCUGGGCAUGCUUGUCAUCGGGUCUAACAAUGCGAUACCGGUGUCAUAUAAAUGAAAACAAACUAUUUCUUUGAAGGGAACAGACACUAGCCGUUAGAAGCCAAAAUAGUCAAUCAUAGUCAUUAGAAAUAACUUGAGAAAACAAAUGUAGAUAUAAAUAAAUUCUUUGUGCUGUUUUUUUGUUGUGUUUGGUGUUUUUGUUUGUGAUAUGACCAAAGAACUGCAUGCCGUGCCAUAUGGGACCUUGUGUCUGUAACUAGCUUUGGAUUGUGUUGUCAUUCGGAAGAAAUGCCUAAAGGCGACGCCGACAUGUCGCUGAAGCAGGGCAGUGGCACUGGCAAGGUCCACUUCGGAGGGCUGGACGAUGUCUCGCUGUACGGCACGCCCGUGGAGCCUGCGCCCCCGGCCACCGACGCCAAGCAGGGCUUCCUGCGCAACCAACUACAGGCCCUCUUCCAACCCACGGACAACAAGCUCGCCAUGAAGCUCUUCGGAUCCAAGAAAGCACUGAUGAAAGAGCGCAUCCGACAGAAGGCGGCGGGUCACUGGGUCAUACAUCCGUGCAGUAGUUUCAGAUUCUACUGGGACCUCUGCAUGCUGCUAUUACUAGUAGCCAACCUCAUCAUCCUGCCGGUCGCCAUCUCCUUCUUCAACGACGACCUCAGCACACGCUGGAUUGCCUUCAACUGUCUCUCCGACACAAUAUUCCUUAUAGAUAUCGUUGUUAAUUUUAGAACAGGAAUUAUGCAGCAAGAUAAUGCAGAACAAGUGAUAUUAGAUCCCAAGUUAAUAGCGAAACACUAUUUGAGGACAUGGUUCUUCCUUGACCUCAUCUCUAGUAUACCACUAGAUUAUAUAUUCUUGAUCUUCAACCAGGUAAACGAUUUUAGUGAGAGCUUUCAAAUUCUGCACGCGGGGCGAGCGUUGCGGAUACUGCGGCUAGCCAAGCUUCUCUCGCUGGUGCGGUUGCUGCGACUCUCCAGGCUCGUCCGAUACGUCUCACAAUGGGAGGAAGUAUAUAUCUUGCAGAAUCUUCAAAAAAAGCGCACGGAACGGAGGGGACGCCUCAGCUCCGACGUUGCCAAAAAGAAGGGUCACACCAAAAGCAAUCUGAUCUUCAAGUUCCUCAACAUGGCCUCGGUGUUUAUGCGGAUAUUCAACCUGAUCUGCAUGAUGUUGCUAAUCGGGCACUGGUCCGGUUGUCUUCAAUUCCUCGUUCCUAUGCUGCAAGGAUUCCCUCCUAACUCCUGGGUUGCCAUAAAUGAACUACAGGAGGCCUUUUGGUUGGAGCAGUACUCGUGGGCGCUGUUCAAGGCGAUGUCACACAUGCUGUGCAUCGGUUACGGCCGCUUUCCGCCGCAGUCGCUCACCGACAUGUGGCUCACGAUGCUCUCCAUGAUAUCGGGUGCCACGUGCUACGCUCUGUUCCUUGGACACGCCACCAACCUCAUCCAGUCCCUAGAUUCUUCCCGCAGACAAUAUCGAGAAAAGGUGAAACAAGUAGAAGAGUACAUGGCAUACCGCAAGCUGCCGCGGGAGAUGCGGCAACGGAUCACAGAAUACUUCGAGCACCGGUACCAGGGCAAGUUCUUCGACGAGGAGGUGAUUCUCGGCGAGCUCAGCGAGAAGCUUCGAGAAGACGUCAUCAACUACAACUGCCGAUCGCUCGUCGCCUCCGUACCGUUCUUCGCAAAUGCCGACUCCAACUUCGUUUCAGACGUUGUUACCAAGUUACGAUAUGAAGUCUUCCAGCCAGGCGAUAUCAUCAUUAAAGAAGGAACCAUCGGUAACAAAAUGUACUUCAUUCAAGAAGGCAUCGUGGAUAUCGUUAUGGCGAACGGGGAAGUAGCGACUAGCCUGUCAGACGGGUCCUACUUCGGCGAGAUCUGUCUACUGACAAACGCGAGACGAGUCGCCUCCGUCCGCGCCGAAACCUACUGCAACCUGUUCUCGCUGUCCGUAGACCACUUCAACGCGGUACUCGACCAAUAUCCGCUGAUGCGGCGUACCAUGGAGAGCGUCGCCGCCGAGCGGCUCAACAAGAUCGGCAAGAACCCGAACCUGGUGGCGCACCGGGAAGACGACACGACGUCGGAAGGCAACACGAUCAACGCGGUGGUGAACGCGCUGGCGGCCGAGGCGGAGCACGUGAGCCUGUCUGACGACAGCGUGGCGCGGCUGUCGGAGCGCUCGCUGGGGCUGGCGCUGCAGCCGCUGCAGGCCGCUUCGUGCCGCAUGGCGGGGGUGGCGCUGCCGGGGCUUGGCGUGGCGGCGGCGCUGCCGCGGCCCAAAUCCGAGCACGACUUCAGCUCGGCGGCGCCCGCGCUCGCCGGCGGCGCUGCCUUCCACAAGUCGGAUGCCGGCAUCGCGCCCUGACGUCGCACCCUGUGCUAGGCCGCGCCGCGCGGCCGGCCCUCGAUAGCAAUACUAGGCUUAGUGCGAAGCGCGCGCCGCCUCGCUAGUUGUAGCGUAGACACGUAUCAUAGCUGCGACUUCGCCGGGCGCGCACGCACCGCGCCGCCCGCUGAAUCUCAUUUUGUGAUCUUAUACUUAAUUCUCCUGUGUUAUAAUUUAGGUUAAAUUUUAUAUCAUUGACGCUGUGAGGAAUCGAAUACGCGACGUAUCUCGAUUGUAUAGAUAUACCUGUUAUAUAUUGAAGAAUGAUACUAUUGAAUCUUUAUAGAGAUACCUUGCCAUAAAAAAAGAAAAAAAUAAUUAUAUAGACUAGACUGAAAAUGUAAAGAUAUCACUAUUUUAUGCUUUGUUGGCGUAUGUCCUCUAUUGUUGAUGCGGAAUAUUCGAUCGUAGAUACUACGAACGUUCGAGAUGUAUUAAAUAAACGUUCCUGAAACACGAUUCGGACGUGUUAUAUUGAAGUUGUUUAUAAUGUUGUAUAAAAGUUGGAUCGUGUAAGGCGUACCUAGAGCGGGCGCGCGCGGCCUCAGGCGACCAACUCGGCGGCCGCGCGCGCCCCGGACUGCACAAGCGACGCACAACUGGAGAGCCUCACGCGCGAUUCCAAUAGCACGCGGUUGCUUUCUUCAUUUUAAUUAUAAGUAGUCAUAUCUACCGGUAUUUGACAUAAUUAGCGCAAACAAUUCAAUUCUCUCGGUUUCCUAAGUAGAGGUGAACAGUAGCGCUUCGAAUCUUUUGAGAGUUUCUUUGUAAAUAUUGUAAUGUCGAGGAUUCGCGUUAGCGCGAUUUGUUUCGUCGAAGUGUUAGGCCUCGUCCGGCGGGCGCUGACGCGGGGCCGGGCAGCGUAUCGUUAUGAGUGCCUCGACCAGUCGAUGUACAGUUCCCACCCUAUUGAACUUUGUUUUCUUACUAGUAGCAGCGUAGUGAUUGCACAUUGUUGCCCGCCCCACGCCGGCGCCGCGCGGACCGCGGAGGCAACGGGCGUUCGUUCGAGCGGUCCAGUCAAUUAAGCGAGACGGACGACACGUCUCAGUUCUUGAUGCACUAAACACUUCAUACCUUGUUUUAAUUGUAGGUGAAAAAUAAUUUAUUGUCGAUAGCGAUCAUUUCGUAGGAGUAAGUAGGCCGGAACGUUAACAAAUUCGGACGAAUUACGUUUUGUGAUAGCGCAGCACGCGCCAGCUCUGUGGGACUGUGGUUGCUGUGUUGCUUGGUCAGUUGGUGUGUUGUGACGUCACUGGCGAGCACGCGAGCGACGUCGCGGCCCCGCAGCGCGGACGGCGCCGGCGCAGUCAGCGGCGCGAGCUCGGCGGCGGCCGUAGUCCUACUCUACGAGUAACUACGCAUGUGUACACGCUUCUUCGUCUUCUUUCUAUUUUCUAUGGUUUUCUCAAAAGUCAAACGGAGUAUCUAACGCGACAACUGUUCAAGAGUUCGACAUUGCGGGAUCAUCUGCAGCUUCAUAACUUUUUUACACCGCUAAACAUUUUUUAAUGAAUUUCGAUGAGCUGCUGUAUAAAAGUUAGAUAUUUGAACGAGUAUUGUACGCUAUAACUCUUGAAAAGUGGUCGUGUUUAGACCUUUUGCUGUAAGAAGUUUAGUCGGUUGCGUUAGAAAAUGUUUGCGAAUCGCUUCGUGGUUGUAUUGAGGUGUGCACUAGUGUAAAUGAAGCGACAUAUCCAAGCGAGUGCCUCCCGCCGAGACCGCCGCCGACACACUCUUGGCACGAUCAUCGUUGACUAAUUCUUAUAGUGUCAUGACAAUUUGUAAAGAUGGUUUUGCAAAUGUUGACUUUUUAGCCAAAAUAUAGUUAAUGAACGACGAACCAAUAUGCAGUAGCUUAUUCGUAGGACGCAGCCUAGUUCUCAGUUUUGGCGACUAACACCAAUAGAUACUUUAUACUCGUAAGAUAUUUAUACAAAUUGAAUCUUAGCAGAGUGACUAUCUGUCAAUUUAUCUACAAAGAGAAAAUAUAAACUGCGUUUUAAUUCCCAGAAGCAUUUAUUUACCAUUGUUUUAUCUAACAUUACUGCUUUUUGUAAAUUAUAUAAAUUUUAUAGAAGAGAUCUAUUUUUAAUGAAGUUGAUCUACUGGAUGUAAGUGAAAAUCAUAUAUGAAACGAGUUUUAUUUUAGAUCUGGACUGUUAUUUAUUACAUAAUUAUACUGAUUUCUGGUAUCUAUUUUCACCAAAAGUGCUCAUCGCUGUCAAAAAAAAUUAGAGAAAAUGCAUUAAAGAAUGAAGAAAACUG